GAGGGGAGAGGCACCAACCAGCAGCCGCUCCAGCCCUGCGAAGUUUCACUUUUUGUCUGUGGGUUUGCUCCCGGGCCCCGCGAGCUUUCCCGGGAUAAGUAGCUUUAGCGGAGGGGACAGCCGGGCGCUGCAAGGACCCGAACAGAAUCCUGACAACUAGUGUGUUGGGAGAGGCUUGACAGGGAGGCAGACCUGAGACUCAGCAGCUUGGGACCCCCUGGCCAGGGUGAUCUCCAGCAAGACUUCUGGUGGCAAUACAGGCUGUGAAGCAUAAGUGGAGACAGUUGGUCAUCUGAUUCCCUAUCUAGUGCUUUUGUAACUGUUCACCGCGCACUCGUCGGAGGGCAGGCAUUUUUCCUCAGUUGAGACUAGCAUUUCAGUUGGCUCCAUUGUCCAUUCCAAGAUCCCAGAGCUACCUGAGGUGUUUGGAGGAGGAGUUCAACAAUGUCUCACCCAUCUUGGCUGCCUCCCAAAAGCACUGGUGAGCCUCUUGGUCAUGUCCCUGCACGGAUGGAGACCACCCAUUCUUUUGGGACCCCCAGUAUUUCAGUGUCUACACAACAGCCACCCAAGAAAUUUGCACCAGUUGUUGCUCCAAAACCUAAAUACAAUCCAUACAAGCAGCCUGGAGGAGAGGGUGAUUUUCUCCCACCCCCACCUCCACCUCUAGAUGAUGCUGGUACCCUUUCACCUGGCUCUGGACACUUCCCUCCUCCACCGCCAAUGGAUGAAGGUGCUUUCAAAGUGCAGCAAGGAAAUCCCGGAGGCAAGACCCUGGAAGAGAGACGCUCCAGCCUGGAUGCCGAGAUCGACUCCUUGACCAGUAUCUUAGCUGACCUGGAGUGCAGUUCCCCCUACAAGCCUCGGCCCCAGCAGGGCUCUGCUAGUUCAACAGCCUCUCCUCCAGUCUCUACCCCUGUCACAGGACACAAGAGAAUGGUCAUUCCAAACCAGCCACCUCUAACAGCAACCAAGAAAACUUCAGUGAAACCACAACCUGCACCCCAGGCUGCACCGAUCCCUGUGGCUCCAAUUGGAACACUCAAACCUCAGCCUCAGCCAGUCCCAGCCUCCUAUACUACAGCAUCCACACCUUCAAGGCCCACCUUCAAUGUUCAAGUGAAGUCAGCCCAGCCCAGCCCUCAUUACAUGGCUAACCCAUCAGUAGGACAAGGAUAUGGCCCAGGGCCUCAUGGCUAUAACACCCAGCCAGUUCCUCUGUCAGGGCACUGUCCUCCUCCUUCAACCCGUGGUGGCACCGACUAUGUGUAUAUUCCACCCCCAGGACAUCAACCGGAGCCUGGGUACGGGUAUACCCCCAACCAAGGACGCUAUUAUGAACCUUAUUAUGCAGCAGGAUCCGGGUAUGCAGGCAGAAACGACACUGAACCUGCCUAUGGUCAACAAGUUCACCCUAAUACCUGGAAGCGGGAACCUGGAUAUGCUCCUCCUGUAGCUGGGAGUCAAAACCCUUCUGGGAUGUAUCCAGUCAGUGGUCCCAAGAAGACCUAUAUCACAGAUCCUGUCUCAGCCCCCUGUGCGCCACCACUGCAGGCAAAGGGGGGGCACACUGGGACUAUGGGACCUCCAUCUGUUUCCCCAUCAUUCCGCCCAGAAGAUGAGCUGGAGCAUCUGACCAAGAAGAUGCUGUAUGACAUGGAAAAUCCACCUGCUGAUGAGUACUUUGGCCGUUGUGCACGCUGCGGGGAGAACGUAGUUGGGGAAGGGACAGGAUGCACUGCCAUGGAUCAGGUCUUCCAUGUGGAUUGCUUCACCUGCAUCAUCUGUAGCAACAAGCUCCGAGGACAGCCUUUCUACGCUGUGGAGAAGAAAGCAUACUGUGAGCCAUGCUACAUCAAUACUCUGGAGCAGUGCAAUGUGUGUUCUAAGCCCAUCAUGGAGCGGAUCCUCCGUGCCACUGGAAAGGCCUAUCACCCUCACUGCUUUACCUGUGUGAUGUGCCACCGCAGCCUGGAUGGCAUCCCAUUCACUGUGGAUGCUGCUGGGCUCAUUCACUGCAUUGAGGACUUUCACAAGAAAUUUGCCCCACGCUGCUCUGUGUGCAAGGAGCCUAUCAUGCCAGCCCCGGGUCAGGAGGAGACUGUCCGCAUUGUGGCUCUGGAUCGUGACUUCCACGUGCACUGCUACCGUUGUGAGGAUUGUGGUGGACUUCUGUCUGAAGGAGAUAACCAAGGCUGCUACCCCUUGGAUGGACACAUCCUCUGCAAGACCUGCAACUCAGCCCGCAUCAGGGUGUUGACCGCGAAGGCGAGCACUGACCUGUAGAUGCAUGCAGUAGCCUGCUGAGCUGCUCUGUGCAUGGUGCCGUGAAGAAUGAAACACAAGGAAAAGAGAAGAGAAGAAAUAGGAAAAUAGAGGCAAAGCUUUCAAGCGAUGGGAUAGUCUCUGUUCUUCAUCUGCUGUUAGCCUUUCUUUGAAAGCACAUAGAUGUUAAGAUUUAAGUUCUUACCAAAUACACAUUUCACAUUUAAUCACGUAGAACCUUGAUGAGCCUUUGUUCCAAGGGCUUCCACAUUUUUGCACCGAUUAUGCUCCAUCCCAUUCACUUCUGCAUUCCUGUAACUUUUAAUCCCCAUGUUUGUCUCACUUUUCAUCUGGUUGAAUAGAUUUUUAGUGUGGUAUUUGCUGUCACAUGGCUUUUCCUGGGUGAAUGUGCCAGCCCGCAGGUGCUUUUAGCUGGAAGUCUCAUCCUAUUACUUCUCCCUCCACUGCCUGUGAUUAUAAAAGUUCUCUUGCUGGGUCUUGAAGUACAUGUUCCCACCGCUCUAACUACUCAUGUCUCCUGGAGAAAAAAGGUGCACAUCAUCCGCGGUAGGCAAUUAAGGAUUUGUUUGGGAAAAUACAUAAAUUAAAAGGAGCCCAAAUUUAAUUUACAGCUAUCCAAAUUCAAAAGCCGCACUGCCCAAGGCUCUAGCGUUUAUUGGCCACUAGCUAAUAAGUGGUGAAAGGGAACCAAACUUCAAUACCGUGCAAAAGAAAGCAGGUGGACUAUGCUAGACAAAGCCUAUGUUUGGUAUGUUUGACAAUCUCAUUUUAUCUCAAUAAUCUUACCUUAAGAUUUUCCUUUCCACACUAUCUGGGCAUAAUACAGACAGAUUUGCAUUGGAAACGUUUCCAAUACUGUCCUACUCUUCAUCUUAGAAAUACUGUAAAUUUCCCCAUAAUAUCCAAACAUAAUUAUCACAAUUAACUUUAUUUCUGUACAGAAAGAUAACUAUAAAAGGGUUCAAAUUCUUACCUUUUUCCUUUUUUAAUGACCCAGACCUAAAUCUUUUUUUCUGCCUGACAAUUGCAAAUCAGGGCACAUAAAAUGAAGUUAUGUAAUUUUGUUUCAUUUACUUUAAAAAGAAAGAAAAGCUGGGAAAGAUUGUGAAGCCAGUUUUCUUAUGCUCAUAAUCCUUCUGCAACUCAAAUUACAUAUUGCAGGAGACAUUUUCAUAUCAUCAAUGUGACAUUUACACCACACUUUUAAAGACAAUCACUGGGUAAAAAAAUUGUCUUUCUGUGCUAAAAAUAUGCAGAAUCUCUGUGCCUAGAAUCUUUAUUCAAACUCUAUUAGCCAGUGAGACACUUGCUUGCCAGCUGCGGAGCUACAUUUACUAAGUUCUCACCUGCUUCAUUUAAGGAGAGACACCUAGCUUAGCAAUAGCAACUCGCCAUCUUAUAAACUAAUAGCUCAGGAUGAGAUUUCAUAACCCUUUCUUUAGAUCUUCAACAAGUAUAUACUUUUAAGUUAUGGAGUACUUUAAGUAUACAAAAAGGUAUAAAUAAUAAUAUAAUGAUCCCUCUCUCCCUAACACCCAUAGAAACAUUGUCACAUUUCUCUAAGUCCACAGCUGUUUUUUUACUUCUGUUGUGCAAUGCUGGGCAUUAGACUCAGGCCUGGCAUGCUCAGCCUGCACUCUGCUGCACCCCCCUCCCCCCAGCCCUUCUGGAUCAUUUUUGAAAACCUUCAUGAUGUGAUGAUUUUCUAGUCUGACAGUUUUAAUUUUAACAUUUAGAGCAAAAAAAAAAUUUUUUUUCAAAUUACUUGUACAUGUUUAAAAUUGCAACCCCAUGCCUCAGGAAUUCUAGUUAAAUUCAUUUUACUUGAAUAGAAGUGUCAUAAAAGUGUGUUUUUUUUUUAAGAAAAAGAAAUUCGUAAGCCUGUGUCACCCCAGCUCCUCAGUUCAUUCAAGUCAAUCUGUGACUUAUUUACUUUUAUCACUAAACAGUUUUGUGUUAGAACCACCAAAGUUUCUAUUUUUUAAGAGCUUCUCUUGCUGUCUUGUUCUUACCUUGUUUUUGUUACUUUGAUCUUAUAUUUCUUGUAAUGGGAAAUAUAAUGAGAGUCACUUAGGGGCAGAAUGUGAGUUUUAGGGUACAGUGGUGAGUCUCUAUCAACUCCUCUUUCCAUAUCAAAGCUGGACUGUGCUGAUGACCUUGGGUGACACUGACUGUUAGAUGACUGAGAGGGUAAUACAGCCUGCUUGAAUUGACUCACUAACAUGUUCACUAUGAAAUUCUUCAUGAAAUAUCUUUAAGCCAAAAGCGGAGUCCAGUUUAGUGAGGGGCAGGUUUUAUGUCUGGAGCUAUAGUCGCAUUACUAUAAAUUUUGCUAAUAAAGGAAGAUUUUAUCUAAUAUUUAAGCUAUAGAGCAAUAAACAUCCUACUUUUUUGUCACAUUUAACUACUUAUGUAGCCAAAUGUUUACAUGCUGAAAGUUUUAAGAAAAUGCUGCCACAGACCCGUGACCCUGGCUUUGCUGGCAGAGCUCUGCUUGCUGACAACCUGUAGUGUAUUCUUAUCACAUAACCUCAGAGCAUCUUUACCAAAGAUUUUUAAAGUAAAUUUCUUUUUAAUAUAGACUCAUUACUUUUCAAAUAAUGAAUGUGCACAAACAUGUAUACAGAAGUAUUUAGAAUUAGAUGUUUUUCUUUCACAAGGUCUAAUAAGUAAAGGAUCCUACCAUACUUUAUUCUACAAUCUCUUCAAUAUAUGAUUUAUAUUACAUUCUUGCUUUCUUCUGUUAAUCGUUUGACACCUUUAUUCUUUACUGUUUUAGUUACAUAACAUUUUGCCUAUUAUAGAGAUAAAAGUUCACAUUACCUUAAUGAUUAUUCACUUAUUUCUUUUGAUAUAUUAUCUUAUUAUCAUUUAAGUAUAUAAGUAGAAAAAACAUGUCUAUAACAGAAAACUUAUGAAAAUAUACCAGACUUUUUAAAAAAUAUCAAGAGCACAAAUAUUUUGUAAUUCUGUAUAAAAUGAGAUACACAGAAAAGGAAAAGAACCCACUAUGCCUUGGGCUCUGCAGAACCUUCCAAAAUAAUAUUCUCUUUCUUUUCUUUUUUUUUACUGUGUUGGGGAUGGAUCCCAGGGCCUUGCACAAAAUUGGCAAGUGCCUUACCAUAGGGAAACCUAUUGUCUAAAAUAAGAUUUCUUAACUGCUUGGGUCUCCAUCUCACUGAUUCAAUGUAGAAUCUUUUAGGCAAACAAAAUUGCCUUCAAAAUUCAAGAAUACAUCACGAAUCCUUCUAUAAGACCUCUGAGUUAAUGAGGUGCUGCUGUCUCUGCAGCUCAAAGAUGUGGGUUAUUUUCCUAAAGUUAAUACAUUGUUAUUUCUAUCAGAAAAGUGCUUCAUGAGUUAUAUACUGAUUAAUGAAAUGGACUUAAAACACUAAUUGUUUUCUAUGAAAAAUUCUGAAAAUAUGUUUAUAGUGGACUUUUAAAGAUUAUAAAACUUUAACCACAUUAAAACAAGUAUUUUGUAUUUGGA